AAUGCGCUCCAUACCAUACAAUUUUCCAGGUGAAACUACUUCCUGUUGACAUGCAAAACAACAUAAAACUAAUUUGUGCUGUUUCGAAGUCAAAAUUCAGAAAGAAACAUAGCAAAUUUAUACAGUAUGGAACUGCUGGAUUUAGAACAAAAGGUGAAGAUCUGGAACAUGUAUUGUUCAGAAUGGGAGUGCUGGCUGUUUUGCGGUCUAAAUUUAAGAAAGCUACAAUAGGAGCGAUGAUAACAGCCUCUCACAAUCCAGAGGAGGAUAAUGGAGUUAAGCUUGUUGAUCCGAUGGGAGAAAUGUUAGAAUCUUCAUGGGAAAGUAUUGCUACAAAGUUAGCUAAUAUUGAUGAUGAAGACAUUGAAACAGAACUAAAUACCAUUAUGAAACAAGAGAAUAUAGAUGAAAACCAACCUGCAAAUGUAUUCUUUGCCAGAGAUACAAGACCCAGUAGUGAGCAUUUAGCCAAUGCUUUAGAAGAGGGCAUCUGUGCAGCUGGGGGAAACUCUCAAAAUUUUGGACUAUUGACAACACCACAGUUACAUUAUAUGGUGAGAUGUAUCAAUACAAACAACAAUUAUGGACAACCAACAGAAGAUGGGUACUUCAAGAAAAUAACUACGGCAUUCCGAACAUUAUAUAAACAGGAAAAUAAGAAUUAUAAAGCUAGUUUGGUAAUAGAUGCAGCCAAUGGCAUAGGUGCAAUUCAAGCCAAACUUCUCAAUACACAUAUAAAAGAUCUAAUACAAAUUGAGCUGAAAAAUGAUGGAACUUCAGGAAGACUUAACCAUGGCUGUGGUGCAGAUUAUGUGAAAGUCCAACAGAAAUCACCUCAAGGUAUAGACAUGAAACCAGGAACCAGACAUUUAUCAUUUGACGGAGAUGCUGAUAGAAUUGUUUAUUAUUUUGCAGACAAAGAUAACACAUUUCAUUUACUUGAUGGUGACAAGAUUGCCACACUUGUUGCAGGAUAUCUAAAGAAUCUGAUGAGUGAAUCAGGAUUGACAUUAAACUUAGGACUGGUACAGACAGCUUAUGCUAAUGGUAGCUCUACAGAUUAUAUAACAAAUAAACUGCAAGUACCAGUGGCAUGUGUACCUACAGGAGUUAAAUAUCUACACCACAAAGCUUUAGAGUUUGAUAUUGGUGUUUAUUUUGAAGCAAAUGGUCAUGGCACAGUACUGUUCAGUGAUAAAGCUAAUCAGAUAAUCAGUAAUGCUACCAAAGAAACAAGUAAGACAGAAGCACAAAGAAAGUCAGCUUCCUGUCUGUUAACUGUGAUAGAUCUCAUUAAUCAGACAGUAGGGGAUGCAAUCUCUGACAUGUUGCUGGUAGAACUUGUUCUAUCUACACAAGGCUGGGAUGCAGAACAAUGGAACCAAGCUUACAUUGAUCUACCUAACAGACAACUUAAGGUCAAGGUAAAAGACAGAUCUGUAAUACAGACUACUGAUGCAGAGAGGAAAACAACAGCUCCUGUUGGUCUUCAGGAGGCCAUUGAUAAACUGGUGUCUGGAUACUUGAAGGGUAGAUCAUUUGUAAGACCUUCAGGAACCGAGGAUAUUGUAAGAGUUUAUGCUGAAGCUGAUACCAGAGUGAGUUAUGCUGGCGAAUGCUGAUAAGUUGGCAGCAGAAGUGGGAGCAGUAGUUUAUGACCUUGCUGGAGGACAAGGGAAGCGACCAUUGUGAUUUACAGUUAUGACUGGUUUUCAGUCAGAAACUACUUAAUAUAUUACUAGUCUCAUUAAUCAAGAAACAAUAAUGUGGUCAGGUGAAGGUGAUUUGUUGGGAAUACAAAUUGAUAGUAGGCAGCUUAUUUAUGCUUGUUUAAGGUUGUUUUUAGUGGAGUUAUUGGAUGUAGUUGUAAUAUCAAUGAUUACGCAUGUAGUCUUAUAAAACUUUUUCUCAUAAAGUUUUCAUUGUAUUGAUGGUGCAAAGUCUGACAUAUGCAGUUUAUUUUUUAGACUUCUUAGUUAAUGUUCUAUACUAAGCUUUCUUAUAAAGGGCCUAACUGAAUACAUUUAUGAUACUUGAUACUGUAAAUUCAGAAAUUUUUGCUUGCAUUUAUUCCUGCUAUUAAUGAUCAUUGGAUAAAAAGUGUGAAAACUAAUUGCUGAGAUUUCAGAAAAUGAUGCAUGCAAAUUAUCCUUUCAAAUUAUCAAAUGCAAGCUUUUGGAAUUGCUGAACCUAUCCUUCUGUGCAAUUUUCACAAUAAUCAUCUGACACAAAAAAAUAUGAAUUUACAGUAAACAAUUGAUAAAUGUAACAUGUACCUUGUUGAAUCAACAUCCAAACAUCUUUGUAAGUGCUAAAUGUGAAAAUAAAGUAUUCACGAAAAUAAGUACAAUUAAGGAAUAACAGUACUGUAGUUGAAGAGUUGCCACCGUCAAUUGUAAAUUUGACGGUCGCAAAUGCAGUUUUACUGGCGACGCGUAGCGGAGACAGUAAAACGGAGAUUUGCGACCGUCAAAUCAAAAUUGACGGUGGCAACUCUUCAACUACAGUACUGUUAUUCCGAUUCUAAUGCAUUUCAAAAUGAAAUAAUACGAUAAAACUUGGAAAAAUGUCUAAAUUUGACAAAUAAAAAAAAAUCCGCGAAACUUUAUGAAUGAUUUUGGCGCAAAGACAUCAUGGGUAAACGUGACGUCAUACAAAUGAAAACUUACAAACUGGAGGUUAUUACGUUACCUGUACGCUUCAAAUUCGGAUAAAAUAACAUUAAAACGGCAAAUUCGAGGUAGGUGUUGUUUUAUUUUCGAUUAUAUAGUAGUAAUCGAACAUUUGUUGAUUCAAUUAUUUCAAAAUGGUUGUCCCUCCUUAGUUACGCCUGGUCAACUGUGGAUUUGACGGCAACUUUUAGCCAAUGAAAAAAAUUGUUACAUACAAAUUGCAUUAGAAUAUGCAAUUGUUGUCGCUGGACCAUUUUUCUCACAAAGACGCACUCUUCCUGGGGUUAUACACUCUGGUUAUCACUCAUUUCUAUUGACAAUCAAUUCUAUUUUUUUAUUCCUGUUUUUUAUUAUUAAUAUUUUUAACUCGUGCAAAAUGUCUUUUCUACACUGAACCACUUGCUAUAAAAGUAUUGAACUUAUUUCUCAUAAGCUGUUUAUAAGAAAUUAUUUAACUGUAUACAAAUCUUUUACCAUUAAAUUGGGAUAUAUGUGACUAAAAAAACAAUUAAAUCUUUUAAAAGAAUAAGGAAUAAAUGAGCACUCAGGUAAUCCCACAUACAAAAACAUAUCAUUUGACAAGGAUGAGAUUUUGGCAAAUCAUAAGUCCUUCAUGGCUUCAAUGAACAUUGCAUUGAACAACAAAUCGGAGGACCUUCCUUGUUUGUAUUGGAUACCUAAACUUCACAAAAUUCCGUACAAACAACGGUACAUUGCCGGCUCAUCUGCAUGUUCCACUAAAGAAUUGUCCAUCAGAUUGACUAAAAUUCUGUCCACAGUGAAAGAGGGUCUUCAGAAAUACUGUGAAACUGUUUACUCGCGUAGUGGUAUUAACCAUAUGUGGAUUUUUAAAAACUCUGAAGAACUUCUGGAUAAUUUUAAAUCUCGGUCUUUUUCUGAAAUUUAUAUAUAUAUAGUUCUAUCCAAAUUUUUUAUUUUUCAACCUUGUAUACCACCAUUCCCCAUGUGAAAUUGAAAAAACAUUUAAAAGAAAUAAUCCACAAUGCUUUUCAUCAUAAAAAUGGUAGCAUACGCUAUAAAUUUAUCACUUUGGGAUACCAUAAGGCAUAUUUUGUUAAUAGUGAUCAAAAGGGUAAAACAUGCUACACAGAGGAACAAGUGAUCAGUAUGCUGGAGUUUCUUAUUGACAACAUAUUUGUUGAAUUUGGAGUAAGACUUUUUCAACAAAUUGUCAGCAUUUCUAUAUUGAACUGUGUGCCUCUCCUUGCCGACCUCUUCUUAUUUUCAUAUGAAUCUGAGUUCCUUCAGACACUUGUCAAAAACAAGAAGAUCAAAGAAGCCCGGUUAUUUAAUUUCACUAUAUUGAUGAUGUUCUUUCCAUUAACAAUCUGAACUUUUCUGAUUGGGUUCCAUUAAUAUAUCCACCAGAACUAGAAAUUAAAGAAACAACAGACACGGCUUCCUCCGCCUCAUUUUUAGACUUAUACCUCUAUUUGACAUACACAGUCAUCUCAGUACCAGAAUCUAUGACAAACGAGAUGAUUUUAAUUUUGAAAUUAUCAAUUUCCCCCACCUAGCAAUAUACCAACUUCACCUGCAUAUGGUAUAUACAUUUCCCAACUUAUUCGGUAUUCAAGAGCUUGCAGCUCCUACUCAAACUUUGUAAAACAUCACCAGUGUCUGAGCAGAAAGUUGAUGAACCAGGGGUAUGUCAAAGAACGUCUCGCCUUUUUCUAAAAAGUUCAUCGGAAGGUACCAAGAACUUGUUGAUUAAUAUUCCGUAUCAACUUCACAAAUAAUACACGAUGUUCUUGAAGUAUAGAUUUUGCGUACUGACGUUGUUUACCACAUCAAGAAACACACUUUUAGGAUCAUUGAAUUGUCUCCUUAAACUCAUAUUAGUACACUGUAUCAUCAUUGAAUGUAUUAAAUUGUAUAGAGGUAUUGUUAAGAAAUCCUAUUGAUGUUGUGCCAUGAUUAACUUAUGCAAUUUGUUUGACAAAAUUGUUUUGAAUUAAAUUGUUAAUGUACAAUGUAUAUGUAUUGGAAUGGGAACUAAUUUAUUUUUAUAAUAAAUAAAUACAAUAUUAAUUACUUAA